AUGGGUUGGUUCGACGGUAGAUCUAGCGCAGUGUCGUCGAAUGGAUACGUGAGGCGACGGUCAUCACCCACGCCUAGCAGCCACAGCACGCACAGCAGACGCAGCAAAUCCGGCCACUCCACGCACCAGUCGCGAUCAGCGCCAUCUUUCUUCAGUGGGUUUGGUGGAAGCCGAGCAGGAGGCCGAUCAAGCCCAUCUGUGUUGUCGUCGUUCUCAUCUUCGUCGCGACGGGCCCGCCCCCGUGAGGGAUUCGUCCAGCGCAUGAUCCGCGACAUCAAGCGUCUCUUCCGCGAUAUUUAUCGCUGGGCUCGUCGCAACCCCAUGAAGGUCUUGAUGAUGGUUAUCGUGCCGCUCCUGACCAGCGGUGUUUUGCCAAAGCUGCUUGCCAUGAUUGGGAUUCGCUUGCCGCAUGUUGUCACGAGUGCGCUUGGUGGUGCGGCAAAGUCUUCUGGUGGAGGUAAUGGUGGCGGUAGGGGUAUGUCUGAGAACAUUGGCAGUCUCGUGAACAUCGCCAAAAUGUUUGCGUAG